CCACACCCCUGCACGACUAUGAACAUGCUAGUAUCAUUUACCAUCAGGAGCUUACAUAAGAGCUGUUGUGUUACUGACAUUAUCGUGCAGGGCAUUUUAGAUUUGAUGGGUAACUACUAAAAGCCUAGCUAUGAAAUGUAUUGCAUUUUGGGAUGGGAGUGAUCCUGGACUGUGCAAAUGUUUGGAAGAUUAACAAGGAGUGGCUGUUUGGUUGUUUCCCAACUCUUGGAGUGUAAGAGCAAACAUUUAAAUCCCAAGGGUUGAAUUUUUGUUUAAAAGAUCAUUUUUCACUUUUAGCAAGAAUGGACCUGACGCUCUGGCAGUACCAGUUCAGGAUCAUCAUGCUGGGGGAUUCCACUGUGGGCAAAUCAUCCCUACUAAAACGUUAUACUGAGGACUUGUUUUUGGAGUCUAUCAACCAGACAGUGGGUGUAGAUUUUUACGUUCACUUCCUUGAGGUGGAGCCUGGGGUCCGGGUAAAGCUGCAGUUCUGGGACACAGCUGGGCAAGAGAGGUUCAGAUCAGUGACCCGUUCCUAUUAUCGCAACUCAGUUGGAGGACUGCUUGUGUUUGACAUCACCAGCAGGCAAUCCUUUGACCAUAUAAAGGAGUGGCACGCUGAGGUGUGUGAGCGAGUGCAGCCACAGAAGGUUCUGUUUGUCUUGGUGGGUCAGAAGAUUGACCGGGAUGCUGAUGGUGAGAGAGCGGUGAGUCAGGGAGAGGCCCAGAAACUGGCCGGACAGCUGGGGAUGCCCUACAUCGAGGCUUCUGCGAAGACUGGCAAAAACGUGAGGGAGUCAUUCGAGCUCCUUACUCGGAGGGUCUACCAGGGUCUGUUAAGCGGAGAAGUGCAACUGCAGGAGGGCUGGGAUGGUGUCAAGUGUGUUGCUCCACAGGCGCUGCAGUCAAAAAGAAACAGUGUGUCUAAACCCAGCUCACCGACCAAUAACAACAAAAAGUGCUGUGGGUAAAUACUGGACUGAGAAACCUAUGCUGCUGUGCAAGCUGGAAGGUUGGAUUAAUGGUGCCACUGGGAAAUGUAACCACCCUAAAAGACACUCAAAAUGUACUUUUGUAUCUAUAAGUGGAAAGUUCUAAAUAUUUAUGAGAUAUUAAACCCUUGAUGAUAGUUUUGAAAUGUAUUAGUUUUUUACCAACACUUUGACAUCUAUAGUGCCUUCAAUUCAAAACAAUAAAAAAAUGAGUACCCAUACUUUGAGCAGGUAAAUAAGAUGAGCAGCCAAUGGAGCAUUUUUACCCUUAAAAUAUAAGAUAUUUAAAUAUUAAGCACUUGAGAUAGUCAGUGGCAGUUGUUUUUUCUUAUUCUAAAUGGCAAAGGGUCUCACUUACCUCAUCAAUUCAAGACAAAAAAUGCUAUUUGAAUAAAAAUUACUUAGAUUGAAUGUUUUGCUGUGUUGCAUAUAUAUCUAUACCUCUUAUCUUCUCAUUUUGUCAUAUUGCUGCGUGGCAUAGAUUUUCACUUCAAUUUCAAUUCAGUUUAUUUAUAUAUAGCUCCAAUUCUCAACAGCAUUUUAACUCACAGAUAUGCUUUGAUCUUGCUGUUCCAUUGCAGAUCUGUCUGUGUUUGUGCCACCAUUGCAUUGCUUGAAAACAAACAUCCAGCCUAUUGUAAUUUAUGCUGGCUGUUAACAGGUUUCCUCCCAGGACUGUCCUGUAUUUUGCUAUGUUUUGUGUGUUUUUUUUUUUUUUUUUCCAACCCUGGCCAGCUUAUCUGUUGAAGAAGAGAAACCACACAACAUGAUAUUAACAAUAUUAAGUGUCCCAGUGGAAUGGUGUUUUUACAUGGAUAGCUACAAGGUUUCCAGGCAUGCAUAGAAUUUGGUUUAUAAGUUCUGUUUUGGUCUAAUCUAGCAAGGACGGCUUUUUCAUUUUUUCAUGUGUGACUUAGAAUGCCAUUCUUAACAGCUUUCUUCUGGUCACUUGUUCAUAAAGGCUAGAUCUUUGAAGGGCAAGGCUUCACAGAUUAUCUCACCUGAACUGUUGAUCUCUGCAGCUCCUCCAGUGUUACCACGGGCAUCCUGGCUAAUUCUCUCAUUAGAGCUUAAGCUUUUGUUAUAAAACUAUUGUUUUAUAAAUUAAUCCUGCUUAAGUCUCCAAUUCUUGUUCGCUUAGCCUGUGGUGUGUUCCUUGAUCUUCAUUAUUCUGCUUUUGCACUAAUGUUUUCUAACAAAACCUGUUCUUUACUGAAUCGUUAGUUUUAUACAAAUGAAAAAUUGCAUACAGGUAGACUCGAUAUAGUAAAUGUUUAGUGAAGUCACUGUUUUUUAUUCAGGAGGUCUCAGAUUAAAUAAGUGUGAAUAUAAUGUAUAUGCACACCAAAUGUAUCAUAUUUCCAUCUGUAAGGUUAUUACUGUCAGUCCAUUUUACUACAUUACAUGACUUAGUAGGGGUCAUAUUUAAAAUCUCCAGUGAAGUUUAUGGUUGUGAUUUGACAUAAAUUGAAUAAAGGUUUAAGGGGUCUGAACAUUUUUGUAAGGUGCUGCAUUUACCUAAAUGUAACACCAUCACAAAUAUUAGCUUCCUGGUUCAGGUCCUCUCUCUCUCUUUUAUUUUUUUUUAUAAAGGGCAGCAAUGUUUUUGUAAAGAACAUAUCUGAUAUUCAUAUAUUUUAUAAAUUUGAGAAUAGUGUGAAUUCUUAUAACCAAAUAAGAUACCAAAUAGCUUUUUAUAUUUACUAAAGUUUUUUCUCCCUCCUUUAUUAUGUCAUUGACCCACAGCCUAUUGCACUAAUGGACUGAUGAGUCCAACAUUUAAUCGCAGUCUAGGAGCAAAACAGCUGUAAGAAUUAAUAUCCUGGAGUUUGCUUUUUGCAUAAGUUGUUAAAAAUAGAAAUUAUUCUCACUCUUUCACAAAUACAUUCAAACUGAAACGUGGUAAUAUCCCAUUUUUUCUUUCAUCUGAACCAGUAGCACAUACUGGAUAAGUGCUUUCAUUAUAUUUCAUACUUUAAGAGGGGCCUCAAGAAAUGUCUCAGAGAUGUGGUGUCAGGCUUUUAGGGGAACACUAUCACUAAGUGAAACAGCAAAUAAAUGUACCUUUGACAUAUAAAUACACUCAUGCUGUAACUUAAAACAAGGAGCAGAGGUAUUUCCUUCCUGUAACUUGUUUGUACCAGGGAGCAGU